UGUCAAAAACAUAUGUUCGACGAAACAAUUGCUGACACAUCGUCGUCCCUAUUUUAAAGCUGCCGUCAUAUUUGUUUGUGUGUGCGAAAAUUCUUUCGGAAAAGCAAGCAAGAGCAAGAAUAUAAGAAGUAAAACAUUAAUUGCAAUUUUGGGCACGGCAUAUUUGUGCAAAACAACAAAAACACACAGCAAACAAAAGCCGAUUAUCGAAAUAAGGAAUUUAUUCGCUCCACGACAUUUGUGCAAAAACACAAGAGGAAGAAAAACGAUUGCCCAGAUUAUUUGAGAAGAAUCAUGAAAUUGACCAUCAAAACACUCGACCAGAAAACAUUCUAUGUGGAAUUCGAUGAAACGAAAACCGUAUGGGACUUGAAGGCACAAAUUGUGCCCGAAGUCGGUGUCCAGCCGGAAUUGCAAGUAGUCGUGUAUGCCGGACGUGUGCUGGACAAUGAUCAGGUCCUGAAAACGUAUAGUAUUGAUGAGCGUAAAUUUUUGGUCGUAAUGGCCAAGAAGGUGCCUCAACCGGCUGCGGCAGCUACCAAGGAACCGGAACAAGAAACAACUAAACCGGCUACAAAAACUAGUGAACAGAGUGCCAGUGGUGCAGCGACAUCAACCCCGGCUGCUGCCGCAACCGCUGCCACACAACCAAAGACUGAAGACAAACCUAAAGAAAUGGACACAACACCGGCAGCAACGGGUGCAACAACUACCACCAGCACAACAUCAUCGACAGCCGGCAGCGAAAGUACCCCAGCAGCCCGAGAGUCGUCCAGUGCUGCCAGCAAUAUAUUGGGUGUCAUGGAUGUGUCACCCACCGCUGCUGCCAAUGAAUCAAUGGUUCGUGAAAUCAUGAGCAUGGGUUACCCCGAAUCAGAUGUACGCCGAGCUCUUUUGGCCAGUUUUAAUAAUCCCGAUAGGGCCAUUGAAUACUUGAUUGAAGGCAUUCCCGAUAUACCGGAUAUAAUGGGCACCACACCACCCUCUAUACCCACAGUUAAUCCUCCAAGCGGCGGAGCUGGUUCGGGUGGAGCCAAUCCCUUGAAUUUCUUGCGUGAAGAUCCUCGUUUCAAUCAAAUGCGCCGAGUCAUCCGACAACGUCCGGAAUUGUUGAGCAGUGUCUUGGCCCGAAUUGGUGAAACUAAUCCAGCCUUGUUGGCAGUUAUUCGCGAAAAUCAAGAUGAGUUUGUGGCCAUGCUCAAUGAAGAAGUCAGCGGCGGCGGUGGUGGCGGCGGCAGCGGAGUUGGCGGAGACGCCAGUGAAUCUCUUGGCGGUGUUGGUUCCGAGCCUAGAGAGGAUGUUGUGGAAAUAAUCCUAACCGAAGAGGAAAAACAAGCUGUAGAUCGUUUGGUUGCCUUAGGAUUCCCACGAGAAAUUGUUCUUCAGGCCUACAUAGCCUGUGAAAAGAACGAAGAACAGACAGCCGAUUUCUUGUGUCGACAUAUGGAGGAUUAAGGGAAGACGUACACAAAUGACGGAGAAUCAGAAAGGGACGAUUGGUACAGAUUACAAGGAGCAGAGAUUGAAGUGGAAGUCGAAGGAAAUAAAUGCAUUAAUUUAUAAUAAUCCAUAUUCUUACAUUUGUUGUAAACUCUAGAAUAUAGAUCAAAAGAAAUGUUUGAACACAAUAUUAUAAUUAUAAAAAAAACGAAACAAAACAAACCCUAAAAAAUCUUAAUAAUUCUCGAGAUUAAAUUUAAAAUAUACAAAUGAAAACA